GCAGAGGGCGGGGCAGCGUCAGAGAGAGAGGAGGAGGCGUCCGUGUGCGUGAGUCUGUUCACGGCGACAGAGGGACGAAGCUUCCCUGCAGCGAUCUCACAGGGGGAAUAAAAUGUCUUAUCAGGGCAAAAAGAACAUCCCAAAGAUCACAAGCGACAGGCUUCUGAUCAAAGGCGGGAGGAUUGUGAACGAUGAUCAGUCCUUCCACGCUGACAUCUACAUGGAGGAUGGCCUCAUUAAGCAAAUUGGCGACAACCUGAUCGUGCCCGGUGGAGUGAAGACCAUUGAGGCCAGUGGGAAGAUGGUGAUUCCCGGUGGAAUCGACAUCCACACCCACUUCCAGAUGCCAUACCGUGGAACCACAACUGUGGAUGACUUCACCCAGGGAUCAAAGGCUGCUCUGGCCGGGGGCACGACCAUGAUUGUGGACCAUGUGAUCCCAGAGCCAGGUAGUAGCCUAACAGAGGCCUACAAUCAGUGGAGGCAGUGGGCUGAUGAGAAAGCCUGCUGCGACUACUCCCUCCAUGUGGACAUCACCCACUGGAAUGACAGUGUAAAGCAGGAAGUGGACACUCUCAUCAAGGACAAGGGUGUGAACUCAUUCCAGGUGUACAUGGCUUACAAGGACUACUACCAGAUGACAAACAGUGAGCUGUAUGAAGUCUUCACCUUCCUGGCAGAGAGAGGAGGCAUCGCUCAGGUCCAUGCUGAAAACGGCGAAAUCAUCGCUGAGGAGCAGGCCCGAAUGCUGCAGAUGGGUAUCACCGGACCAGAGGGACACGUGCUGAGCAGGCCAGAGGAGCUGGAGGCAGAGGCUGUGUUUCGUGCCAUCACCAUCGCCAGCCAAACUAACUGUCCUCUGUAUGUGACCCGCGUCAUGAGCAAGAGCGCUGCAGACAUCAUCUCACAGGCCCGGAAAAAAGGAAAUGUUGUGUUUGGGGAGCCAAUCGCAGCAAGUCUGGGUACUGAUGGGACACAUUACUGGAGCAAGAACUGGGCCAAAGCAGCAUCUUUUGUAACAUCACCUCCAUUGAGCCCAGAUCCAACCACCCCAGACUAUCUGAACACACUGCUGUCCAGUGGUGACUUGAGCGUGACGGGCAGCGCUCACUGCACCUUCAGUGUAGCCCAGAAGGCCAUCGGUAAGGAUGAUUUCACUCAGAUCCCAGAAGGUGUCAACGGGGUGGAGGAGAGGAUGGCCCUCAUCUGGGACAAAGCUGUGACUACAGGGAAGAUGGAUGAGAACAUGUUUGUAAGCGUGACCAGCACCAAUGCAGCCAAGAUCCUGAACCUGUAUCCACGCAAGGGUCGGAUCGCUGUGGGCUCUGAUGCCGAUCUGGUCAUCUGGGACACAGACGCUGUCCGCACCAUUACUGCCAAGACACACAACUCAGCUGCUGAGUACAACGUGUUUGAGGGCAUGGAACUGCGUGGAGCCCCGCUAGUAGUGAUUUGUCAGGGGAAGAUUGUUCUUGAAGAUGGAACCUUGCAUAUCACCUCCGGCGUGGGUCGCUUUAUUCCUUGCUCGCCUUUCCCUGACUUUGCUUACAAGCGUGUUAAAGCCAGGAAGCAGCUGGCGGUCCUGAGGGCAGUACCCAGGGGGAUGUAUGACGGCCCUGUGUCUGAGUUCUCCAUGUCGCGCGGUGGUACCCCCUCAGCCUCGGCACGGACCUCUCCCACCAAACAGCCAGUCAGAAACCUGCACCAGUCUGGAUUUAGUCUAGCAGGUAACCCUGCACCAUGUGGUCCACCCACUCCUGACGAAACCCCCGUCAGGCCCGCUGGCCGGCGCAUUGUAGUGCCCCCUGGUGGCCGUUCCAACAUUACAUCCCUCAGUUAAAAAGUGAGACGAGGGCAGGGGAUGCAUCUC